UACUAUACUGCAGCUUGAAAACCAUUUUAUUCUUGGAAUGCCUUCUGUACGUACUUAUGAGGAAACUAGUCAAGUGUUCAUAUUUUUUUUUAAUGCGAAAGCUUAUGGUCACGUUUACAAGUUGGUGGACAUACCAAAAAUAUUGGAAUCCUAUAAAACAGUUGAUAAGAAAACAUUCUUCAAAACUGCAGAUAUAUGUCAGAUGCUUGGUUGUUCAAAUGAAGGGGAAGACAGUGGAAGUGGUCGAGAGGAAAAACGUUCUCCACACAAGAACACCGACAAAGUCAACAAGAAGUUUCUAUGGAACCAUGGAUGUAAUAACACCUCCACUAAAGAAUGUGAGAAAAUGAAGGUUCAGAAAAACAGCCAAGAAAUAGUACAUAGAAUCACCAGAUAUUGAGAAAGAAGUGAAAAGACUACUAAGAAUGGACAGCACAGCUAUCAGAGUCCGUAUCCUUUCAUCCGUUUUAUACUAUUUUGAGGAAUUUUAUCUGUUGUUUAAAUUGUGAGUAGCAGCAGUUAUUUAAUUAACAUUUGAGGCUUGUCAUCCUAAAACCAGCAAACUGUCAGUAAAUGAGUAAUUAGCAAAGAAUGUGUCAGUAUUGUGUACUUUAGUACAGAGAAGCUGUAAUACUUUUAUUCAUAACUUUAGUAAUAGUGAGUCGAUUCCAGUAAACGACCCAUCAUUUUAAAGAUUACAAUGUGGAGAAUAAAAAUAUAUUAACAAGUCAAUUUUUUUUUUGUGGUCAUGGUGCUGGUUUUGUCAUGUCUUAACAUAACAGUCAUAUAAACUGUCAGCCAUAUUUAAAAAAAAUCCUUAAUAAUAAUUUUUUUAAAUCCUA